AGGAUCGUAAUUAAGUCUGAUGGAUACCCCGAACAGGGGGUAUCCGAUCUUUGUAUAAUAUUAGUUGAGGCGGUCCAGUCUGUUGGGCCGGCCCAUUAUUCGUAUAUUUGUUAUUUAGGGCGGCCCAGUCUGUUGGGCCGGCCCAUUAAUCCGAAACCCUAACCCUAGCUCCUCUAUUUAUACUCCUCUUCUUGGAAGAGGAGAGGGAGGUUGGAAAGAGGGAGGCUCAACAUACACUCACACUAUUCAUCUUCUUCUCCAUACACUUCUCCUUCUUUCCUACCCUUGGAUUCCUUAAGCCAACAUUGGUGCUUUCAUUGAGAGUGUCGGACACAUCAAGCGUGCUCUCAAAAUUUUUCUUGUUUUUCGUUCAUCAUUUUUUUCCAGAUUUUCACCAUUUUUCCCUAAUCUGGAAAACCCGAACUUAGAGUGGGAGAUUUGUGUUGUUCAUCCUCUUCUAAUUCCACCAAGAAAGAUCUGCGAUGAUUUGGCCAAAAAAAAAAACCCAGAUCCCGUGGUUGAGAUGGAUUUCCCGGAGGUUUCAUCAGCUCCACCGCCGAUUCAUCAGCUCCAUCGCCGAUUCAGUGAAACGAGACACGCCCUCGUCCCUUCGCCGUCGGGAGGAUCGGCCACGCCUGCGGACUCGUCAUCGACGUUCGCCGGCUCAACCUAGCACAGUAUAUCCCCGUCUCUAAAACCCAUCGGUGACCCCCUGCACUCCGACGAGCACAGCGACGGGCCAAAUCCAGCAGCCUGACGCUCACCGCCGGUGACUCCCGCGGAACUCUCCCUUCUCCGUUCGGAGAUCCUCGUCGAGGAGCGCCGCACCUCGACCGGGAAGGCUCCCAACUACAUCUCGUCCUCGCCUGAUGGAUCUUGGUCGCCGUCGCAUCCAAUUCGUCUUCCUCGCCGUAGUCGCUGCUCGCACAGCCCCGUCUCACCCUCCCGCCGCCACAGGUUCCACUACAGUUAACUAUGGAGGGUACAACCCAUAAAAACCCGAUUGGACAGACCCGGUAUACCACCGCAGGUUGCCGGAAUGGGCUGGAGCACGCCGGCGCUGAUGGUUGAAACUCACCAUAGCUAUUCUUCGAAGCAAACGCCAUCACCUAAGCUAAUCGCUGGGCACUGACCCUACCCCGCCGAAAGUCGGUCUUCACCCACACAUGACGCAUGAUGUGCCAGCGAGAAAGAAGCUGCUUUCACUGGCGACGGGUCAGCGGCUAUUCCUGCAAUCCGUUCCCUACUCCUUGCCAGUUUCCGGAUAUUCUAUUCUAAUUUGUGGCAAAGGAUAAGUUGAUGAUUCGGAAUAAUUUGGCCAAUUGAUGCUUCUAAUCGAAGAACAGAUGACGGUGAGACAGUCAAUUGAAGUCUCUGAUCGGCAGAUGAAGGCUUGUCGAAAGCCGAUCCUUCAUUGGAUUGGACACAUGAUAAUCAUAAGUGCUCUGCGCGGUUUUCCAAUCUGCUCAUGGUCAUCCCAAGCUAGUCUGACCUCGUCUUUGAAAUACCAUCAGUGGAUGGGCAUGAACUCGACAUCUUGGAGGAUACGACGGUUGUGGUCUCUUCAGCAACUUUGUGGUCAGCCUGACCUGCUACGCGAUGCUACCGACCGGAAGAAGCUAUUUUCACCGUCAACUGGGCUAGCCUGAGCAACUGGGCAGUAUCGGUUUUUCCUUCAGCCGAUGAUGAGGGAGGGAAUUCCUUCGUGGUCCAUUCUUCUGCCGUCCGUAGCCGAGCAUGGUCUGGCAGGCUGCCGGGCAAGGAUGUGUCAUGAUGAGCAGAGUGGGAUGUAUCUACCGUGCUCUAGUCUAUAAGCAAGAGAGUCAGGCUAGAGAGUUGAAGGAGUGGGGCCCUGCAUCUAUUUGCAUCAAAUAAUGGAGCACAUAUCAAGAAUGGGCCCGGGUGAAUGACAUGAUGGUAUCUAAUCUUCACUAUUGUUGCGUAUGAGGACUGAGGUUAGAUAUUAACUACUGUUGCAGAUUGAAUUGUGGUGUUAUUAUGGAGUACUCCAUAUUAUUAUUAUUAUUAUUACGUAUUUUUAAAGACAAAGAACAAGGGUUGUUUCGUUAAUAUUUGUGGGCCCAUUUCCAAUUUGCCCAUGUGAUAUCUCGUAGGGAGACUAAAAUUGAGUGGGCUAUAGUUGUUGUGAUGGUGGGGAACCACCAUUAGAAUAGUGGAGGGAUACUUUGCAGGCAAUCACAUCACACUGUGAUGUUUUGGGCCGACUUUCGAAGCAUACUCUUCAACAGGGAGAUAGGGAGUAGAUAUGGGAAAGUUGGAAAAGGUGGGGCCUACGUCAGCUUGUAUCAACUACUGGGGUACGAAUCGAUUAGCUUCAUUUUGAUCUCGUCUUAGGGGUACAGUACCCUAGGUGAGAAAUGUUAAAUACCGUGCCGGUUCACCGUCACUGAUUUGGCCUCUGCACCCAGGUCCAGAGUGGACUCUAUAUUUCUCUCUCUCUCCUCUUAUGCAUCUAAGUCGAAAUCACACACGGCCGAGUACGUGACAGUUUCAGAGGCCGAGCUUAUAAUUUUUAGUGGAGUUCGAACCGAGCUCGAGAAGGUGACCGAGUCCGAACUCAAGGUCAUGACGGAGUCUGAAUUCGCCCGAUAGCGUUAUGAGCUCUGGCUCAGUGGUGGUGCUCUCCACCAACCGGCUCCAUUGGUGCUGGGUGCGCUCUAUUCGGCCGAGCACCUGUUCUAACUCCAAAUAACUCGAGGGGCUUUGAGAAGUUUGUCCCGGUCUUCUCUUCAUACGACAGAGUACAUGUUCUGAUAUCCAAGUUUGAUGAUCUCCAUCACCUCUAAUCUCACUGGAAUGCGACCAACCUUCACGAUCUAGCUCAAAUAUGCAACAACUCCUUAUUUAUAUGAUUCCUACUCAGAUUUGCGCCACUACUCAGAUUUGCGCCAUUACUCAGAUUUGUGCCACUUUGCUUCUACGACUUGGGUUUUUCAUCAAAAAGAAAAGAAAGGAAAAGAAAAUUCAUAAAAAAAUAUAUCGCUUCCACGCGAUUUCAUUUUCGCUUCCACGCAACUUUGUGCAGCUGUGCACCAUCGGGCUUCCACGCCACGAUAUGGCCUCACGCAGUCCUCGUCAUUGCGCGAGCAAAUCCCUCCGGAGGGUAUUGCAAGGUCCUGCUUAGGACAAAAUCUUGCCAGUCCUGCUUAGGACAAAUAUUAGAUCUGGUACAUAAUGGAAGACCACAUGGCAUUUGCAACCGACCCCGCCUAGCAGAGCUCACGGAUGGCACAUUAUUUCACUCUUUUCCCGAGGUCGGCCUUAGCCGCCUCGCAAAGAACUUAAGCCCUUGUAUCCCGAGGCACCCAAAAGCCCUCUCCCGAGGUCGGUCCCAUCCACCUCACGAGGCACUCGACUCCUUUCCCGAGGUCGGCCUCAGCCACCUCGCAAGUUACUCAAGCCCUUGUCUCCCAAGACAAUUAAAAGCCCUCUCCCGAGGUCGGCCCCAUCCACCUCACGAGGCACUCAAGCCCUCUCCCGAGGUCGGCCCUAGCCACCUCACGAGGCACUUGACUCUUUGCCCAAGGUCGGCCUCGGCCACCUUGCAAGUUGCUUAAGUCCUCGUCUCCCGAGGCACCAAAAAGUCAUUCCCCGAGGUCGGUCCCGUCCACCUCACGAGGCACUUAAGCCCUCAUUCCCCGAGGCAAUCAAAAGCCCUCUCCUGAGGUCGGCCCCAUCCACCUCACGAGGCACUUAAGCCCUCGUCUCCCGAGGCAACUGAAAGCCCUCUCCUGAGGUCGGCCUCGGCCACCUCACGAGGCACUAAAGUUAUCUCCUAGACAAUUCCAACUCUUUUCCCGAGGUUGGCCUUGACCACCUCGCAAGGCAUAUAAGCCCUCGUAUCACGAGGCUUCCAAAGCCCUCUUCCCGAGGCACUCUUCGAUGCCGUCCCAAGGCACACCCCUAGCCCACUUUCUAGGGCACAACCUAACUACUCACAGGGUGGGUGAUCUGGUCAAGCUUAUUGGCCAAGCCCACCAGUUUAUUUUUCUUUGUAUGAGAUUUUUUCAGGCAAACUGAUAUAUGAAGGGAAGUCGCUACAGAGCGAGGGGACCAAAGACUCCCACCAGAGCCGAGCAUGAACACUACUCCCUUUCUCCUUGGAAUUCUUCCUCGGCUUAGGGAGUGGGAGACUCCGGGUACUCGGCUCGUGAUUGUUACAUCCCACAUCGUGAAAGUUUGGCAGAUCAACAUCUAGAUCUAACAUGGCACCGCAGCAGUUCGUGUCGGCAUGCACUCUUUGGCAAUAUGGCGAACGGCCCCGACUCCGGACAAUGAGUUUGGGAGACUCGAAGAGCGCCUCUUCCGAGUUCACACAGUUUCUUUACUCGAAGACCCCACACCUUGUUUCAAU